AUGACAGUUAUCAGAAGAAUGGCAUCCCCUGAUGUAGAAUCAUCCACUCUUACGCCAGCUGAUUAUCUCACUUCAUUUAAUCCGGACGCAUAUCUUCAACAUUAUUUUAGCAAAGAUUCUAUCGAAGAUGGUACACGUGUUUCGUUGUUCGCUUUACCCGUUUUUGCUCAUCUGAUGAAGCAGUCUAUGGCUCCAGAAGAACGUCAGACGUUGCUCGAUGUUGGUGCCGGACCAACAGUCUAUACAGCUCUCUGCUUUCGUGAUGUUGUUAACGAAGUCUAUUUAUCCGAUUAUGUGGAAAAGAAUUUGGAAAUUCUAAACGAGUGGGUCACCCAAAAAGGAAAUAUCAUUGACUGGUUUCCAACCCUACGAGUAAUCAAAAGAACCGAAGGGGGGCCCCCUUUCACUGACAAAGAAUUGUCUGAAUGUGAGAAUGCAGCCAGAAAAUUAGUUAAAGCUGGUGGAAUUCUUUUUGCUAAUGUUCACGAGAAUCCCACUGUUCCCAUGUUGAGGAACAUGCAGGUGGAUAUCCUUGUAACCAUAUUCACAUUAGAGAGCGCUUGCAGAACAUAUGAGCAAUAUGUAGAAAGCUUGGGAAACACAGUUGCUCAUCUGCGAUCUGGAGGACGUCUUGUACUCGGUUCUGUUCUUGAAGAUGACUCGUACAACUCUGGUAAGCAGGUAAUCUUUCAUCUGCUCAAUCUGACAGAAGAGAACAUUCUGAAUGCUUUGGAAGCAGUUGGAAUGAACUUGGAAAGCAUCAAGAAGUACGUUCUACAAGAUGAAGGCGUUAUGUUCUUGAUGAUAACAAAACUAUGA